UAAUUGAUCUCAGCACAGCAAACUUAUAAACUUUGUUUUGAUGACAAGAGAUGAUUAGAUCUGUUUGUCAAACUUUAUCUCACAAUCCGAAUAUGUUUUCUUUCCCCGGCCAACAAAGUUCAUUAAGGAAAAGCAAGAGUAUGAUUUUCAGCGGAAAGGAUUCUAAGAACUUCUGCCUUGUACUGAUAAUAUUUUUCGUUGGAGUCAACCUUGUAAGCGUUCUCGAUGCUUGCCGUGCAGUGCAAUUUCUGGACUGUGUCGCUAACAAGUCCAUGAGCAGUUUCCAUCUUCUAGAGGCCUUCAACACGAGUGCGGACGCGUUUCAGUGUAAAAUGAAGUGCUUCUUGAACGACAAAUGCAUGUCGUUUAACAUUGGUCCGGUAAAUAAAACAGACAAGAGAGCGUGUGAACUGAGCCUUGCUGACCUCGUGAUGAACAGCACUGGUCUAGUGAACCGGACAGGAUUCAGCUACUGUGGAGUUAAGGCAAGUUAGAACCAAAAAAGCCCUACCCACUUGGAGGCCACGCCCCCUUGUAGUAAGU